AUGAAGUGCAUCUCGACGACGUGCAAGACAGUCAUUGACUGGAAAGGUUUCCGUGCAGCGAACUGCCCGCAUAUAUUCUGCGAAGGCUGUUAUCUUGAGCUGGUCAGGCAGACGAAGCUCGAGAACCAGAGCGUGCACUGUCCGGAGUGCUCCGAAGAGCUCGUGCUGUUUGGCACGAUCGACUUAGCCGUCGUGCACUUCGCCCUCACGAAGAAGCACCCUGUCGCCGCCGAUCUCGGCUACAACGAACUUGUCGAGAGGCGGCCCCAUCUCGAGAGCUUGAACGCCUUGAUUUUCGAGCAGCAACAACAGCCCGAGAUCGACGAGCUCCCGCAUUGGCUGCGCGAGAGGCACGCGGAGUUCAAUGCGAGUGCGGAACUGCAUUCGCACUCGAUUAUCGAGGUUGCUCUCCCCGCUGUCGCUCAGGUGAAGCUGUGGCGGCAGCGCGUAAGGAAGCAGGCGACUCUUCCCGAGACUGCUGCUCGUCGUCGCCAGCAGCUUUCCGUCCUUCAAGCUCAGCUGAAGUCCAUCAAUCGGAAGGUCGCUGCUGCUCGCAAGGACUGUGCGAAGCUGUCUACCGAGAGCCAAUCUCUGUUCCAGCGCCUUAACGAAGUGACACAACGCCUUCGCAAGUUGCGGCACGCCGCCCACUGCGUGCGUUCUCGCGUCAUCGACUCCUCGGCCGACCGAGACGAUCCCUCCAGCUACGCGUUGCAGAUUGUCUCGUGGGACCGUAGAAUCCAAGAGGAAGAGAACCGAGUCCAAAUUGUUCGUUCUCUGGGGCACCGGGAGGACGAGGCGACCGCGAAGUUACGCGAGUCACUCGCGGCGGGAGAACGCGAACUCGUACACCUGCAAGCCGUGGAGGUGCCCGAGCAGGCCCGGGCAACGGUCAUAAAGCGCAAGCUAGCUACCACGCGCAGACAUCUGCGCACUCUUGGGACCGUGGCCAUGCUUCCGGUGAUCUGCGUAUCGUUUUUGGCGUUCGCCGUGGCUGUCCCUCAGCAGUACGGGUUUUCCGUCAUUCGCGUCUAUCGUCAUUUUACCUCUUGA